AUGAAACUUAGAUUUUUUCUAGUAUUUUUACUUUUUUAUUUGGUCAGUGCAAGAAAAAAUGAAGAUUUUUCUCGUGUGACAAUCAAACAAGGAACAUUGAUAGGAACUGUCUAUAAAAAUCAUCGAAAUUUUUAUGGAGUUUGUUGGGAAGGUAUUAGAGAUUGUACCUACACCAGAGAUUCUUGUCCACAAGUAAAAGGAAGAGAUCCAAUGAUCUUUCCUCCAAAUGGAACCUCAGAGGACUGUCUUUAUAUAUCAAUUAAGACACCUAUUCCAUCGAACAUGUUGAGUCCUGUCCUAAUAUAUAUUCCAGGUGGUGGAUUUAUUAGAGCAUCUGCCGAUUCCCCCGGGUAUGCAGGAGAAUUAUUUGCAAGAAAAGGAGUAUUAGUUGUUACCUUUAACUAUAGAGUAGGAGUUUUGGGAUUCCUUGCAAAUGAUGAAGAAAAUUUGGAUGGAAAUUAUGGAUUUUUAGAUCAAAUUGAAGCUUUGAAGUGGGUCAAAAACAACAUUGAGGCGUUUGGUGGAAAUCCUAAUGAUAUAACACUUGGAGGUCCAUCAGCAGGUGCAAUGUCAGUUGUUACUCAUUUGGUAUCACCUAUAUCUGCAGGUUUAUUUCAUAAAGCCAUCAUUCAAAGUGGUCAUAUACCUUCAGGAUACAAAACAAUGGAUAAAGCAAAGUAUCAAUACAAAAGACUUUCCUAUCAACUAAACUGUACAGAUAUUCAAUGUUUAAGAGAGUCCAAAGUUGAUGAUAUCCUCAAGAUUCAAACACAAAUGUUGGCUGUUGAUUUUAGAUACCCUGUUGAUGGAUUUACUUUUUGGUCACCUGUUAUUGAUAAAGAAAUUCUUCCUGGUAUGAAAACUACUUUAUUAAUUGAUAACUAUUCAUACUAA